AUGGAGGGCGAGCGCCUGGCGUCGGGUUCCUCGGAGCUGGCGGUCGGUGAGAGCCCGCGGGGCGGCGCCCCGAUCCCGGGUGGCAGCGGGUCCUGCAGCCUGCUGCAGGCCGACGUGCUGGAUCUGGACGAGGAUGAGGACGACCUGGAGGUGUUCAGUAAGGAUGCCUCACUAAUGGACAUGAACUCCUUCAGCCCUAUGAUGCCAACUUCCCCUUUGUCGAUGAUAAACCAAGUCAAGUUUGAAGAUGAACAAGAUCUAAAGGAUCUCUUCAUUACAGUUGAUGCCCCUGAAAGCCAUGUCACUACAAUUGAAACUUUCAUCACUUACAGGAUCAUAACCAAGACAUCUCGUGGGGAAUUUGAUUCCAGUGAAUUUGAAGUUAGGCGACGUUAUCAAGAUUUCCUCUGGUUGAAGGGUAGACUGGAAGAAGCACAUCCCACGCUCAUUAUUCCACCAUUGCCAGAAAAGUUUAUCGUGAAAGGAAUGGUGGAACGUUUCAAUGAUGACUUCAUCGAAACCCGCAGGAAGGCAUUGCAUAAGUUUCUGAACAGGAUCGCUGAUCAUCCGACUUUAACAUUUAAUGAAGAUUUCAAGGUUUUCCUCACUGCACAGGCCUGGGAACUGUCUUCUUAUAAGAAGCAAGGGCCUGGCUUGCUGAGCAGGAUGGGGCAGACAGUCAGAGCUGUGGCUUCCUCCAUGAGAGGAGUGAGGAACCGGCCGGAUGAGUUCACGGAAAUGAACAACUUCAUCGAGACGUUUAGCCAGAAAAUCAAUUUGAUAGAUAAAAUAUCUCAGAGAAUUUACAAGGAAGAAAGGGAUUAUUUGGAUGAAAUGAAAGAAUAUGGCCCCAUUCAUACUGUGUGGUCAGCGUCAGAAGAAGACCUAGUUGACACAUUGAAAGGCAUCGCCAGCUGCAUCGACCAGUGCUGUAAGGCCACCGAGAAGCGGAUGUCCGGGCUGUCAGAGGUCUUGCUCCCUGUUGUCCAUGAGUACGUGCUCUACAGUGAGAUGCUAAUGGGCGUUAUGAAAAGAAGAGAUCAAAUACAAACAGAACUGGACUCCAAAGUUGAAGCUCUGACCUACAGAAAAGCCGAUGCUGAUCUGCUUACAGAAGAAAUCGGGAAACUUGAAGAUAAAGUGGAGUGCGCUAACAAUGCGCUGAAAGCAGACUGGGAGCGGUGGAAGCAGAAGAUGCAGAAUGAUCUCAAGUCGGCCUUUACUGACACAGCCGAGGAGAACAUCCGCUACUACGAACAGUGCCUUGCUACGUGGGAAUCAUUCCUCACAUCACAGACUGACCUCCCCUUGGAAGAAGACUCUGAAGAUAAAAUUUAAUCCUGUUUGAUCUUUGAAAGACAGCGUCUAUCAACCAAAGUUGUUUUUUUCUCUGGAUUGGCUGUGCCCUUUCUGAAGUGGAUGACAAAUGAUUUUGCACUGUCUGGAAAACCAACAACUUAAAAACUCAGGUAUUCCAGGUCAUCAACGUGAAUUUGUGAUAUAAAUAUAUCUAUCUCGAUAUAUAGGUCUACUAUAUGAUGUAUAUUCUAUAGAUCUAUAGAUCUGCUAUAUGGAUAGAUAUUUAUCUAUGUCUAUGUGGUUAGAAAGAGAUUUAGUGUAAUUUUAAUUUUGUUCUUAAAUUUAUGUGCCAUUAAUUACAUAUACAGGUUUUUUUUCUUACAUAUUUUA